AUAAUGUCUUCAUCGCCUUCUUCUCCUUGGCCUCUGGUACUGUUAUUAGUUUUAUUGUGCUGCAUGGUGGUGAGAGAAUCAAACGGAGCUUCCAACAAUGUAAAAGUGGGAAGCAUUUCAAAGGUAGAAGAUGCUGAGAAUUUCCAUAUAUAUUAUGGACAAACUUUCAAAGUCAUCAAGAACGCCAUUGAUGGCAAGAGCUAUCUCCUCAUUCAGAACACUUCUAGAAUGGCGGUUCGGACAAAGUAUUGUACUUCUAGGAUUAAGUCCUAUGUGAUUCCACUUCUUAACUACUCAGUAGACACUCAAUCUUCUCAAGGAGGCGUUCCGGUUUCUUUCUUCGAGCUACUUGGAUUACUCGGAAGCUUGAAGGGAAUAACAUCGGACGCCGUAGCUUCACCGUGUGUUCUUAAACAGUUUGAGGCAGGGGAAGUAGUUAAGCUUGACAAAGGUGCACAAGAAGUGUCUCAAUUCGCAGCACAUUUCAUUAGCAACACCGAUCAACUUCAAACUUGCAAUUUUGCAAACUUUUUUCCACUAAGUGAAGGCACACCUCUUCAGCGAGCAGAGUGGAUCAAGUUCCUUGGUGCUUUUACCAAUCUUGAAACUAAAGCAAAUCAAGUCUACGAUGCGGUCAAGGCAAGCUAUACUUGCUUGUCUCAAAUGGCAGCCAACAAGACGAAAUCCUUCAAACCCAUUGUAGCUUGGAUGGAGUACGAUAAAGAUGGAGGGGUUUGGUGUUUUACAAAGGAACCACAUAAGCUAAAGUUUGUAGAACAUGCGGGCGGCGAAAAUAUUGAUAAAUCUAUAAACAAGAUCACUUACAACGUCUCUGAUCCUGAUGAUUUGGAAGCACUCCAUGCCAUUUUAUGCACUGUGGAUGCGGUGAUCGAUGAAACGCUAUCAUCUGACCCUCAGAAUUACACACAAGCAACGUUCUUGCAAAACAUAAACCUGGAGGAUAACUCCUGUUUUGCGUUUAAUCAGAGCAUAUGGAGAUAUGACAAAAGGGUCAGAAAUGGAACAACUCUUGACUGGUACGAUGGAGCUAUCUCACAACCAAAUCUGGUACUUGCUGACAUUGUUGAAGCCUUGUUUCCAACUGGAAACUACACAACCUCCUAUUUCAGAAACAUUGCCAAGGUAACAACGGACUUAAAUGUUUGGAGCUUUUUGUAG